AUGGCGAUGGCAGGACAAACAUUACAAGAUCGACUUUUAGCUGCCAGGCACAGUUUGGCUGGUCAAGGGCUCGCUAAGUCGGUUUGUAAAGCAACGACUGAGGAAAUGAUUGGACCGAAAAAGAAGCAUUUAGACUACUCAAAUAUUUUUACGAGUUCGCAGUUUGCCAGACAAUUAGCAUCUCAAUUCUUUGCAUGUAGCAGAGUGAAAAGCCUUCAGUUUCUGUUCGUACAAGCAUUUCCAACUUUACUCGUUUUCAUCAAGUUUCCUGUGAUUGCUUCCGAAAUAUUCUCUGAAAUUUGA